GACAAUAGAAGAGACAAGACAGGAUCCGCGAGGAAAGGCAACCAGAGAUAGAAAUGGAAAUGAAAAAACACGACAAGAAAAUUUAUUAAAGAUGUAAUAGGAAUGAUAGAGACGUGGAUAAAAGACAACGACUGGGACACAGUCAAAGCAAAAUUACCGGAGACUCACAUAUGGAAAUACCGACCUGCAACGGAAGGACCUAGAGGAAGAGUUACAGGAGGAAUUAUAACAGGAGUAAGGAAGGAAAUAUCGGAAGAUGAAAUAACAAAUGAUAUUCAAGAAAAUGAUAUUCAAGAAAGAAGAUUGAAAAUAGACGACAAAAUAUGGCGAGUAUUAACUGUAUAUAAUAGAAAUAUGAAUAAAUUAAGAAAGAAAUUAGAAGAAAUGAUAGAAGAACCAGAGACGACAAAAUUAAUAAUAGGAGGGGAUUUCAACGCAAGAAUUGGUUUGAGCGGUAGCAGAUGUGAAGAAGAAGCAGAUAGAGGGAAAAGAACCUCAAAAGACAAGAUAAUCAAUCCAAAAGGAAAAAUCUUGCUACAAAUGGUGGAACAAAGAGGAUGGGACAUUCUUAAUGGAAAUGUAGAAGGGGACGAAGGUGGAGAAUUUACAUGCGAAAGUUAUUCGGUAAUUGAUUAUGUAGUAACAAAUUUAAAGAUAAGGAACGAAAUCAAACGUUUUGAAGUAGAUCAAGAAAUAAAAUCAGACAAACAUCAUCCUAUGAUCGUCGAACUAUAUCGAGAGGAAAUAAAAGAAAAGACACGGAGAGAAAAAAGAAUAUGGACGGAGGAUGAAAAGAUUCAAUACAAAAAAAUAAAUAUAAAUUUCAAAAAAGAAGAAAUUAAUGAAAUGAUGGAGGAGAUUAUAGAUAAAAUAAACGAAGCAGAGAGUUUGAUUGGAAGAUGGAAAAAAGAACACAAUAGCAACAUAGAGAAGAAAAAAAUAGUACAAGGAAAAGAAGAAAUCGAAGAGAUCACAGAAAUAAAAGAGGAAAGUCAAGUAUGGGCUUACAUUAAUAGGGAAAGAAAGAAAGAAUUAGAAAUUACAACAAAAAUAACUAUUGAAAAAUGGAAAGAUCAUUUUAUGGGCUUAUUGGAUGGAAAAGACACGUAUAUCGAAGUGGAAAAGGAAAAAGAAAAAGCGGAAGAAGAAGAAGAAGAAGCGAAACCAGAAGAACACCAGAUAAGCGAAAACAAAGUAGAAGAGCAAAUCAAAAGAUUAAAGAAAAAUAAAGCAGCAGAAGAAGAUAAUAAAGCUUGGAUGUACGAACAUCCAGACUUAGUCAAGAGGCUGACAACAAUAAUUAAUAAAGUGUGGCAUGGAGACGAAUUGCCAAAAAUAUGGAAAACAGGAGUGAUAACGCCAAUUUUUAAAGAAGGAGAUAAGGAAAAUAUCAAAAACUACAAAGAAAUAACAGUAUUAGACACAGUGUAUAAAAUAUAUGCAAUGAUUUUAAAACAAAAACUUGAAAGUGAAAUAAAGAAUAAAAAUAUUAUACCGGAAACGCAGGAAGGAUUUAGAAAUAUAAGGAGUAUAAUAAAUAAAAUCUUUAUUAUAAAUUAUAUAGUAAACAGAGAAAUAAAGAAGAGAAAUGGAAAAUUAUAUAUCUUUUUUGCAAAUCUGAGCGCAGCUUUCAAUGCGGUAAACAGAGAUAAACUAAAAGACAUAAUGCAAAAAACCGGUAUAAGCAUGCAACUAAGAAACAGAAUUAAUGAAAUUUACAAGGAAACGAUAAAUGUAGUUAGAAUAGGUGAAGAGAGGUCAGAAAGAUUUUGGACGACGAAGGGAGUUAGACAAGGAUGCCCACUGAGUUCUACGUUAUUUACGUUAUACAUGGCGGAUUUAGAGAAACAUAUAAAAAGUGAACAAGAAGGAGUUAUGAUAGGUAGCAAAAAAAUUUGGUCAUUAGCUUACAAGGAUAAUAUAGUAUUAAUAGCGAAAAACUCUGAAGACUUGAAAAACAUGAUAACUAAAAUCGAAUCAUAUUUUAAAAAGAAAGAGCUAAAGUUAAAUGUAGAAAAAUCAAAAGUUUUAGUGUUUCAAAAAGAUAACACUAAGAAGAUUAAAGAGAAUUGGAUGUGGAGGAAUAAAAAAAUUGAAGAAGUUGACGAAUUUAAAUAUUUAGGAUUUUAUUUUCAGAAAAACGGAGGCUACGAGGCACACAUAAGAGAGACGGUUAAAAAAGCAAUCAUAGCAAUGACACAUUUAUGGGAAAUAGGACAAAAAAAAUUUUAAUAUUUUAAAGAAAGAAGAUUGAUGAGAACAAUAUUCAAUAGUUUAAUAAAAAGUAUUAUAUUAUAUGCAGCUGAAAUUUGGGGUUGGAUGGAAGUAAAAGAUUUUGAGACAAUUCAAAAGAGGUGUAUUAAAUGGACUUUCGGUUCUAACACUCCGGGAUAUAUAACAGAGAAUGAAAAUGUUAAGAAUGAAAAUAUUAAGAUAGAAGCAGGGAAAAAAGCGGAAGAAUUUGAAAAGAAUUCAAGAAAAAAAACUCAAGAAACUGGUAACGAUGAGAUAAUUUUGGAAUGUUGGGAAGAAAUUGACAAAAGAAAAGAUAAACAAAAAUCGAACUGGGAAAAAAUGAGAGAAAAUUAUUAUAAAGAGACAAUAUUUAUUAUUAUGAAGCAGGAAAUAGAUAAGCUAACAAAUAUAAUUAAUAAAAUGUGAAUAAACGGCAGAAAUAAUUAAUAAAGAUUAGAAAAGGAAGAGUAUGCAAAAAGACUAGAAAAAAUAGACAGAGACGAACAAAAACAGGAAAGAUAUUUUUUUAAAUGUAGACAAAAUAUAAUAAAUAAAUGUAUUUAAAAAAUAAAAACAGAUAAAAAACCUUCGUAUAUUUUAGCAGGGUAUAAAAAAAUCAAUCAAUAAUAGUUAGAUUUAGGUGCGGAAAUGAGACAUUAAGGAAUAGAUACUGGAAGAAAGCUGAGGAGAAUAAAU